AUGGCAAUCGCGGCAAUGCAUCUCGAGAGGGAAGGCCGGAAGGAAUCAUCUCCACAAAGCACUAGGUUAUACUCACUGGCCAUGGCAGAGCUUCGGAACAGUAUCGACGACGGAUCGGUGGAUUAUUUGGGUCUGCUCACUACGGUGUUGACAUUUCUUUUCAUCGAGAUGUUCCGAGGCACUUCUAACACGUGGCGUUAUCACCUUUCCGCGGGAUGGAAAUACUUACAGCACCAUUGUGCAUCAGGCACCUGGACUAGCUCCGAAGACGCGUGGUAUGUUACUCAGAGCUUCUACCUGCUCAGGAUCGAGUCAGAGACUUCAUUAGAAUGGCAGGACGGAGUGGAUCUGCUAGAAGAUCAAAUUUCUAGCUCAGAGGAUGCUGUAUCCCUGGAACGGCUCUCGCGUUAUACCUCUUUUGGCAGCACCAUAGGAGCUUCAGGUUCAAUUCUUACAAGGCUCUCAGAGAUAAAUCGCCUUUCGCGACAGCUGACGCAAACUGGUUUUGGCGACGGUGCCGAUCCAUCCUUUCUAGAUCUCGAGGAAGUACCAAUUCCUGGUCGGAAUAUGAAUGUACUGAUGUUGGAACUCGGCAGCGUCACAUCUGAUGAUGACCAAGAGUGUAUCAGUGUUGAGAAAGAGGCACAACAAUUACAUCUUCGAGCAUUCGAAGUGGCAACGGUGAUUUACCACCACCAGAUCUUCGGAACUUCAACCCCAGAACAAUUGGCUCCAUAUGUUCACGCUGUCCUUUACUAUAUCACAAGAUUCUUGGAGAUCUGUGGUGGAAAUUAUACUCUAUGGCCGGUGGUCAUUGCAGGAGUAGAGGCUUAUACCGAUGACGAGAUGAUACUAUUCUCGACGCUAUUCGAAAAUGCAAAAUCAGUGGGAAUGAGAAACAGAGUCAAAGCGAAGCAAUUGAUGGAAGGAGUGUGGGCUAUUAGAUCUUCGAUUGCAACAGAAACAGGUCAAACCCCCGGUAACAUCCGAGUGAACUGGCGGCAGGUCAUGCGACAACUGGAUAUUGACGUUCUUCUUGUGUGA